CAGUUUCACAGCAAGUAUACCCUGUAUGGUUCACUCUCAAACCAUCGUGGCGCCCAUCUCAUCUUCAAUCCAGAAUGAGCUGUAUCACGUGGCGAUAAGCAUCACCCGAUAAGCCUUUGGAUUUGCGCUUCUUUUUGCCCGUCGCGGUCAACCACUCCAGCAUUCGUGAUUCUCCAACACCACUGCAGGCCCCAGUGGGACAAACACAUUUCCAACAUGUCGUCUCCCCUGAUUCUUCUCCCCGGGGAUGAGAUCCCGUCAGAAUACCUCCCAUCCACCAAUUCCGCGCCAUUGAGACUUGGCCCCGGUCUCCGUCUACUUUCGCAACCGCCCUCCUCUUCCCCUCAAGCAUCAUCCUCCCCCAGCCAUGUCCUCACAGCCACACAAGCCGGCAUUCUCUCCACAGACACCAAACGGAACGCUGUUUCUAUCCUCUCGACUCCGAAUCGCCGUUACAUCCCUACCGUUAAUGACCUGGUUAUCGCGCAGGUCCACCACUCUAGCGUGGAUUACUUUCACUGCAUGAUCACCCCGCAAGCGCCCCAUGCGGUACUGGGACAACUAUCUUUCGAAGGUGCGACGAAGAAGACCCGGCCGAUGCUGAAACAAGGCGAUCUGGUUUACGCGCGUGUGCUCUCGGUGGGUCUGGGCGCGGGCGCGGAGGUUGAGCUGGCCUGUGUGAAUCCUGCAACGGGCAAGGCUGAACCUGGAGGACUCGGUCAAUUGAAUGGGGGAAUGGUGUUCGAUAUCUCUACUGGCAUGGCUGCUAGGUUGAUGAGGGCGAGCUCAUCCUCUUCAGACUCUCAGGAUGGUGUGGCAGGGUUGGUGGUGUUGGAGGAACUGGGCAAGAAGCUGGAGAAAUCGGGCGGCUUUGAGAUCGCCGUGGGAAGGAACGGCAAAGUUUGGGUCGACUGUUCUAGCGGAGGCGAAACUUCUGUUAAGGCGACGGUAGCUGUGGGACGGUGUCUGACUACGAUCGAUGAGCACGAUUUGAAUCCGGCGGAUCAGAAGAAGUUGGUGUCGAGGAUAUUGCGGGAGAUGAAGAUUGAGGUAUAGAUGUGCUUUGUCUCUUAAUGAUUGAUCGUGUGAUAAUACCAUGCAUUGUUUGAUGAUCUUUUCGAGCGAUAAUAUGUAGCAGAAGUGUGGGUACUCGAUGUACAUACAUUGGUGUAUUGUUCUGGGUCUGGAUUAAGCAGUAGAAACUUGUGACUAGAAGGGCAACUCUUCGGAUGGGAGUUGGAUGGAGUUUCUUCGAAAGUGAGAGUCUCUUAGGAGCAUAUACUAAAGUGCUCACAACACCACUUUUAUGUCUAUGCAUCGCUCCGGGUUUGCUGUGUCUGUGCUUGACGGCCCUUUCUUUGAUUUUUAGCUACUAUGAUAGAUGCGAUUGUCAG